UGCAGUUCGCCAAGCUCCGCGUCGGAAAAUCAGCAAAAGAAAAACCAAGUCAUUGUUCUGCAAACAUCGAAUGGUUUUAACCCAGUUAAGGUUUAUUAAAUAGAACCAAGUAGCUCUUAUUGCUUAACAGUGCAAUUAACCUAAGCAAAGGCCAUCAAAAAGUGCUGUAAUCAAUUAUUUAUCUCAAUUUGAGUUGCGACUGUUGGCCAUGUCAUGCAACCGCUGCAUCUCAGGCACUCUUUCAAGUCCUCGAGCAACGCGAAGAAGCCACAAGCCGCCGCGUUGUGCCACAGAAUUAAUAAAAUAUUCCCAGUCACAGCACGCAUCCACUACGUUGACCAGGUGGAGCAGGAGGAGGCGGAUGAUCGUCAGCUGCAGCAGCAGCAGCAGCAACCCGGAAGCAGCUUCACCGUCAGCGGAUCCACUCCGCCGCUCCGGAUCUCGCCACAUGGCUCCCCGAAGUUGCAGCAAACCCAGCGCCUCGGAAAACAUCUCAGCAAAUCCGCCUCGGAGCUGAAUGGUCACGACUGCCACGGUGAAUCGCCGCACAUAUCACCCAAGCGGGCCAAAAGUGCCGUAGCCCAGCAGUUGGCAGGCGGUGGAUCGGGGGGCGUGGCCAGCGGAGUGGGCGUGCUGCAGAAGACCCACGGAUUCUUCAACAAUCUCCGACAUCGCUGGAGUCGCGCGAAGAGCAAAGAUCGCUUGGGUCGCAAGUCCCCGAGUGAUUUCCUCGAAGAGAGCACGGAUUAUGCGGCGGAUUACAGUUCGGAAAGUAGUUCCGUGACCCAGAGUCCUCGACAUCGCAGCACCACCAUCGGUGGUUCGCCGCUGGCCAAGGAAUUCCGAGCCACCGCCAAGAUGGCCCAGGUUAUCCAGCGAUUCGGCGGCUCCAUGGAGGGCAGGAUAGAUGAGCAUCCGGAGAACGGUUCCGCCGGCUGCAAUCCUCCAGAGUUGACCACCCAACAGCAAUUGGAAGCCCUGCAGGCCGACGAGCUGCGUCGCAAGCGCGAAGCCCAAUUACGUCAAUUCGUCUUCUUUCAGCUGCGCGUUCAUCUGAAAUCCGGCAGCGACCUGGUGGCCAUGGACAAGAAUGGACUGAGUGAUCCUUAUGUCAAGUUCAAGGUCGGCGGGCGACUCCUCCACAAAUCGCGCACCAUUCACCGCGACCUGAAUCCCGUUUGGGACGAGGUCUUCAUCGUGCCCAUCGAGGACCCCUUCCAGCCGAUUAUCGUCAAGGUUUUCGACUACGAUUGGGGACUGCAGGACGACUUUAUGGGCUCGGCCAAGCUGGACCUAACCCAGUUGGAAUUGGGCAAGGCCGAGGACAUCCACCUGCAGCUGUGCGACUCGUCAGGAAAUGGAGGAUGUGGCAUGGGCGAGAUACUCAUCAAUUUGACGCUUUGGCCGCGCAGUCAGGAGGACAAGGAAAUGCACUUUCAGCGCAACUCGAAGCUGGCCGAGUCAUCGAAGCGACUGAAGUCGCAGAUCUGGAGCUCCGUGGUCACCAUUCUGCUGGUUAAGGCCAAAGAUUUGCCGCUGGCCGAAGAUGGCAGCAAGCUCAAUGACACGCACUUUAAAUUCAGAUUGGGCAAUGAGAAGUACAAGAGCAAGUCUUCCUGGACGGAACGCUGGUUGGAGCAGUUCGAUCUGCACCUCUUCGAUGAAGAUCAAAACCUAGAGCUGGCUCUUUGGAAUCGAAAUACCCUGUAUGGCAAGGCCAUUAUCGAUCUGAGUGUUUUCCAACGAGAAAACACCCAUGGCAUUUGGAAACCUCUUGAAGAUUGUCCUGGUGAAGUCCACUUAAUGCUCACAAUAAGUGGAACCACAGCUUUGGAGACCAUCAGUGAUCUCAAAGCCUUCAAGGAGGAUCCUCGGGAGGUUCAGUUGCUGAAAGAUAGAUAUCGAUUCCUAAGAUGCCUUCAAAACUUGAGGGAUGUGGGUCACCUGACUGUGAAGGUUUUCGGAGCCACAGGAUUGGCAGCAGCGGAUAUUGGGGGAAAAUCGGAUCCUUUUUGCGUUUUGGAACUGGGAAAUGCGCGACUGCAAACACAAACGGAAUACAAGACACUCACUCCUAAUUGGAAUAAGAUUUUUACAUUCAACGUUAAAGACAUAACGCAGGUGCUUGAGAUCACCGUCUUCGAUGAGGAUCGCGAUCAUCGCGUCGAGUUCCUGGGCAAACUAGUCAUUCCCCUUCUGAGGAUCAAGAGUGGAGUCAAGAGAUGGUACACACUGAAGGACAAGAAUCUCUGUGUCCGAGCCAAAGGAAACUCACCGCAAAUUCAGCUGGAACUGACUGUAGUUUGGAGUGAAAUUCGAGCCGUUUGUCGAGCUCUCCAGCCGAAGGAGGAGAAACUCAUCCAGCAGGAGGCCAAAUUUAAGAGACAACUCUUCCUCCGAAAUGUGAACAGACUCAAGGAAAUUAUCAUGGAUAUCCUGGAUGCCGCGCGAUAUGUUCAGAGCUGCUUUGAAUGGGAAUCACCAGUGCGUUCCAGCAUAGCUUUCGUCUUGUGGAUUUUGGCCUGUGUUUACGGCGAUCUAGAUACAGUACCACUAGUAUUACUACUCAUCAUACUAAAAAACUGGCUCAUUCGCCUUAUAACAGGCACCACAGAUGCCGCUGCCCACUACGAUUAUGAGUACGAUGAAGAUGACGAUGAUGACAAGGAAAAGGAGGAGAAGAAGUCCAUCAAGGAAAGGUUACAGGCCAUCCAAGAAGUCUCCCAAACCGUUCAGAAUACCAUAGGUUAUCUGGCUUCUUUAGGCGAAAGCACUAUUAACACAUUCAAUUUUUCCGUCCCCGAAUUAACCUGGCUAGCUGUGGUUCUACUUUUGGGUGCCAUUCUGGUCCUGCAUUUUGUUCCACUCCGCUGGCUGCUCCUCUUUUGGGGCCUGAUGAAGUUCUCCAGGCGAUUGCUGAGACCCAACACCAUUCCCAACAACGAGCUAUUGGACUUCCUCUCACGAGUGCCAGAUAACGAGGAGAUUAAUCAAUACCGAGAGCUACCACCAUCAGCGGCCACCGAUCAAUCGCGCAACAACCCGAAGAAGAAGCUGAAAGGAUCAUAGUCUAUAACCAGCGCUGAUGCGGCAAUGGCGACCCUUUCGCCGCUGCAGUCCAGCGCAUCCGGAGGAGGAGGUGGAGGAGCAGGAGCAGGAGAAAGAGGAGGAGGAAGGCAGCAACAGCUGAUGCAGCGCUUCCGGGUGAACACCAGCCAGCUGAAGCAGAAGUUUGGCCAGGCCAAGAGCCUCAGUCUGAGCCAUAGCGAAUUCAAUUAGACACCAAAGUUAGUUAGCUAUACUAGUUAAGAAUUGGGAGCAAGGAGGCGGCGCCCAGUCAACCAGUUCCACCCAUAGACGGCAACAUCAAUUCAACUUGACUCAAUUAUGCAGCACAAAGUUUGCUUAACUUAUUUUCCUAGAACUAUAUAUAUAUACACACACAUACACACGGAAAAAAAGGAUAUGGAUGUACAUGUAAAACGCAAAACUUUAACUAUUUACACGAACCGUUUCUGUACAUACACAAAAAAAAAAAUGAAAAGAUAGUGGAUAUUAGGGCUAUAUUGAAACAUUGCAUGUACCUAAGGUAACCUCUCUCAAAGAUCUACUCGAAUAAUUACCGAAAACUCAAAUUGCUAACUACCAGAUUCCUUUUGCGCGAAUCCAAAUGCGAUUAAUUAUUUAUUGUGUAUUUCAAUUUGUGAUAUUUUCAAAGAACUUUGCAACUAGGCUUACUACUUAUGUGACUUAACCCACGGAAGCUCCGUACCGCACCGAAGUUUCCCCAUUAACUCCAUUUACAACUUACCACUCGAUUGCACUCGACUCGUUUAAGGACGCUUCUUCGUAAUAUACCUUUACAUAUACUAUAUACCUAAAUAGGCCUAAUCCUAACCAAAUUUAUUGUAAUUAUUUCAUUCGAAAAAGGAUUGUUCAAAACGUUUUCUAAAAUUUAUAUAUUUAUUAACUACGUCUAGGAUAAUCAGCUCGUAAAGGCCCCGGCCCAGCCAUACAAAUAUGAUAUAUAUUAAUUAAUUAAUGCCACUGUAACCCACUCCAAUUGAUCGAUUUGAUACAUUUUAGAUAGUUAAACUAUUUUAUACCCCACAGAAAGAGCAACAACAAAGUUUUUAUAUACAUACCAAACUCAAUUAAUUAAUUAGCACCUAAGUUAAGUUUGUUAUUUUUCAAUAUAUAUAUAUGA